AGGGCGUGUUUUCCACGGAACGAAACCCCUGGAAUUUAGUGUCUGCCAAAAAAACCCUCCUACAUUUGUGUGACUUUGGGAUUGCGGCUGAAGUUGUUUGUGACUGAGGCGCUGUGUGUGUGGAGCUGCUGUGUGUUAGAAUGGCGGACUGCAGGCGCAGCGCGGUGCUGUGACGGGAUUGUGUUUGUGUCCGUGACCGAAACCGGCCGCCGCCGCCGCCGCCGCCGCUGCUGCUGCUGUUGGACCACAUUAGCACAUUAGAGUCAUGCUGAGCUUCCUGCGACGGACUCUGGGCCGGCGUUCAGGCCGUAAACAUGCCGAAAAAGCUCGGCUCCGGGAAGCCCAGCGCGCGCAAACGCACAUCCCAGCAGCCGGAGAUGCCACGUCCAUCAUCACGUGCAGAGUGUCGCUGCUGGACGGCACGGAUGUCAGCGUGGACUUGCCGGUCUCAGCCUUCAAACAUCUCAAGCUCCUUUGUGUCUGAACAGAAAAAAGCCAAAGGUGAGGAGAUAUUUGACCAGAUCAUGUAUCACCUGGACAUCAUUGAGAAGGAUUACUUUGGGCUGCGCUUCAUGGACUCAGCACAAGUGCCGCACUGGUUGGAUGUGACAAAAAGCAUUAAAAAGCAAGUGAAAAUCGGUCCUCCGUAUUGUCUCCACAUGCGGGUGAAGUUUUAUUCCUCCGAGCCCAACAACCUACACGAGGAGUUAACACGAUACCUGUUCGUGCUACAGCUGAAGCAGGACGUCUUCAGUGGCAAGUUGUUCUGUCCCUUUGAUACAGCGGUGGAGCUGGCAGCUUUCUCACUGCAGGGUAAGUGACUGAAACCAGUUUAGACAGGGC